GGGAGAGGGGGCGGGAGCCGCCGCUGAGGCGGCGGCGGUGGCGGCGCCAUGUUGAAGAAGGCGGACAAGAAGGACGAGGAGCCCGGUAGUGGCUCUAAUCCUUUCCAGCAUUUGGAGAAGAGUGCUGUGCUGCAGGAGGCGCGUAUCUUUAAUGAGACCCCCAUAAACCCACGAAGAUGCCUGCACAUACUUACCAAGAUCCUUUACUUGCUGAACCAGGGUGAACACUUUGGAACCACUGAAGCCACAGAAGCUUUUUUCGCAAUGACUAGGUUGUUUCAGUCUAAUGAUCAAACCCUUAGACGAAUGUGUUACCUUACUAUCAAAGAGAUGGCCAAUAUUUCUGAGGAUGUCAUCAUUGUCACAAGCAGUUUGACCAAAGACAUGACAGGGAAGGAAGACGUAUACCGAGGCCCGGCCAUCAGAGCACUGUGCAGGAUCACUGAUGGUACGAUGUUACAAGCCAUCGAGAGAUACAUGAAGCAAGCCAUUGUGGACAAAGUCCCCAGUGUGUCUAGUUCUGCACUGGUGUCUUCCUUACACAUGAUGAAGAUCAGUUACGAUGUAGUCAAACGGUGGAUCAACGAAGCUCAAGAAGCAGCUUCUAGUGACAACAUUAUGGUACAGUACCACGCUCUGGGGCUGCUCUAUCACCUUAGAAAAAAUGAUCGCCUCGCAGUUACCAAAAUGCUGAAUAAGUUCACAAAGUCCGGACUGAAAUCCCAGUUUGCGUACUGCAUGCUGAUCCGAAUUGCAAGCAAACUCCUGAAGGAAUCUGAAGAGGGACAUGAAAGUCCACUCUUCGACUUCAUUGAGAGCUGUCUGCGGAAUAAGCACGAAAUGGUUAUUUAUGAAGCUGCUUCUGCAAUCAUCCACCUGCCAAACUGCACAGCGAGGGAGCUGGCACCUGCUGUUUCAGUGCUGCAGCUUUUCUGCAGUUCUCCCAAACCUGUCUUGAGAUACGCAGCUGUACGGACCCUUAAUAAAGUGGCCAUGAAGCAUCCAUCUGCAGUCACUGCUUGCAACCUGGACCUGGAAAACCUCAUCACGGACUCCAACCGCAGUAUUGCUACCCUCGCCAUCACCACCCUGCUGAAGACAGGGAGUGAGAGCAGUGUAGACAGGCUCAUGAAACAGAUCUCUUCCUUCGUGUCAGAAAUAUCAGAUGAGUUUAAGGUAGUGGUAGUACAGGCUAUCAGUGCUCUGUGCCAGAAAUACCCUCGGAAACACAGCGUCAUGAUGACCUUCCUCUCCAACAUGCUCAGGGACGAUGGUGGCUUCGAGUACAAGCGAGCCAUUGUGGACUGUAUAAUCAGCAUCAUCGAGGAGAACCCCGAGAGUAAGGAAUCUGGCUUGGCUCACCUCUGCGAGUUCAUCGAAGACUGUGAACAUACCGUCCUAGCCACAAAGAUCCUGCACCUGCUGGGGAAAGAGGGGCCGAGGACCCCGUCCCCAUCGAAGUACAUCCGCUUCAUAUUCAACAGGGUGGUGCUGGAGAACGAGGCUGUGAGGGCUGCUGCUGUAAGCGCGCUGGCAAAGUUUGGUGCCCAGAAUGAGAGCCUUCUUCCAAGCAUCUUGGUGCUUUUGCAGAGGUGUAUGAUGGACAGCGAUGACGAAGUUCGGGACAGAGCAACGUUCUACUUGAAUGUACUUCAGCAGAGACAGAUAGCCCUGAAUGCUGCUUAUAUUUUUAAUGGGCUGACCGUCUCUGUUCCUGGAAUGGAGAAAGCCCUGCACCAGUAUACACUGGAGCCUUCCGACAAACCUUUUGAUAUGAAAACAGUUCCUCUGGCUACCGCACCAAUCUUUGAACAGAAAGCAGAGAUUGCCUUAGUGACCAGCAAGCCUGAGAAAGUUGCUCCUUCGCGUCAGGAUAUAUUCCAAGAGCAACUGGCAGCCAUUCCAGAGUUUAAGAGCUUGGGUCCGUUAUUCAAGUCUUCAGAACCGGUGCAGCUCACAGAAGCAGAAACAGAGUAUUUCGUCCGUUGUAUUAAACACGUGUUCACAAACCACAUUGUUUUCCAGUUUGAUUGCACAAACACGUUAAACGAUCAGCUGUUAGAGAGAGUCACCGUGCAGAUGGAGCCGUCGGAUGCUUACGAUGUGAUCUGUUGCAUCCCAGCACCCAGCCUGCCCUACAACCAGCCAGGCAUGUGUUACACCCUCGUGCACAUGCCCCAGGAUGACCCCACUGCAGUUGCUUGUACUUUCAGCUGCACGAUGAAGUUCACCGUUCGGGACUGUGACCCAAACACAGGAGUGCCAGAAGAAGAUGGCUACGAUGAUGAGUAUGUGUUGGAAGAUUUGGAGGUGACGGUGGCUGAUCACAUCCAGAAGGUUUUAAAGCCGAACUUCGCAGCUGCGUGGGAAGAAGUGGGAGAUGACUUUGAGAAAGAAGAAACCUUUGCGCUGAGUUCAAUUAAAACCCUCGAUGGUGAGAUGGUCUCUCCUCGUUUAUUGGUGACCCACGGAGUAAUCCUGAAGCUGUCAAUAACAUCAUCAAGUUCUUGGGCAUGCAGCCCUGCGAGCGAUCAGAUAAAGUGCCAGAGAACAAAAAUUCUCACACGCUCUACUUAGCUGGUGUGUACAGAGGCGGUUGCGACGUGCUGGUAAGGUCGAGGCUCGCUCUAGGAGACGGUGUGACCAUGCAGGUGACGGUCAGGAGCAAGGAAGAAACGCCUGUCGAUGUCAUCCUGGCCUCUGUGGGCUGAGCUGAGCGUUCCAGCACCUCAGCUGUGGUGGAAGCAGCCCUUGAAACACCAGUUGGGCGUUCCCCAGCUGUCACGCAGCCCGUCCUUCUGCAUGUAGUUUUUAUUCCUCGAUUUGGUAAAUAUUUUGUAUGAUGUUACAGUAGUGGCUGGCUGGUACUGAGCCUCUCCCCUGUCCCCUCCUCCCUUGACACUUACACAUUCCUGUCUAACUUAUUGUAUCUCUGGCCACUUGCGGUAGAGCAGGGAAAAGAAAAGAGGUAGGUGGUAAGAAAACGGAAGUGGAUUUUUGUCAAAACUAAUUUUUAUUAACAGAAAAUAAACACUGGUCCAAGUGGUUGGAAUUCAUAUGAACUACUGUUAAUAAAAUAGAAAAUUCUUGUUCUAA